AUGAAGGAGUACUUUGCCUCCAUGCUGGACAACACGGAUCCUCCGGAAGUCUUCAAGCCCAGCGCCGUGGCGCAGAUGCUUACGGACGCGCAACUCAAGGAGUGCGGCUAUGAUAAGUGGGAGGAUGCGCUUCCUGCGGUGUAUGAGCUGGCGUUCGAGAUGAGGACGUUUGGGGACUGUGAGAUCCUCAGGAAGGGCAAGGUUGUUCCUGAGGAUGUUGGUGUGGAGGAGAUUGAUGGGCCGAUUCGGAUUCGGAGGAAGGCGGAUGAUGAUGAUUGGUGA